AUGGUAUAUCAAGCCGUCUGCGAAAAGUUCCUCACAACCAAGUCGUAUCCAUACUACGGCAACCGAGAUGUGCUGAAUGUGUCACCACCUCAGGUGAACAACACCAUCGCAUUCUCCGUCCGACCCGGCAACAGCUAUAACCAGCCACUCCACCGAGACGACGACAUCUACUACGCGGAUCGCCCUCGCAUCGACAAGUACCCCGAUCAGACUAAUGCAUGCGAGUACGGCAUAGGCUUCUUUGUUGCGGGUACCAAGACUACCAAAGCCAAUGGUGCCCCACGUUUCAUCCCCGGGAGUCACCUCGAGUCCACGCUGCAGCCGCCCGAUGAGUCUUUCGUGCAGUAUGCCGAGCUAAACCCUGGAGACGGCUUCAUCAUGUUGGCAAGCUGCUAUUACGGGGGCAGCGCCAACACCACUCAAGAUGAGGAGCGUCCGGUCUUCAGCUGCUUCAUGACCCGCGGCUGGUUGCGCCAGGAAGAGAACCAGUAUCUCGCCGUUCCCUUGGAGAUUGCCAAGACCCUGACACUUCGCAUUCAGAAGUUGAUGGGCUAUGCGACCAGUGAGCCAAUGCUCGGUUGGGUAGACUUUAAGGACCCCAUUGUAGUAAUUAAUCCCGAACAUGCAAAGCGUGUUGCGCAUAAAGAGGGCUAA